CAGGCUCAGAGCCCAUAUGCCAGGAGGGGGUGACUACAUUGUGUCUAUUGUAUGUUUUUUCUUUUUUCCCCCUGGCAUUUUGUACAUUCCACGGGAGGUUUAAAUCGGGAGUGAAGAGCAUGGCAGAUGAGCAAGAAAUUAUGUGUAAACUCGAGAGCAUCAAGGAGAUCAGGAAUAAGACUUUGCAGAUGGAAAAAAUAAAGGCACGACUGAAAGCAGAAUUUGAAGCCCUGGAGUCUGAGGAGAGGCACCUGAAAGAGUACAAGCAGGAAAUGGACCUGCUGCUGCAAGAGAAGAUGGCCCACGUGGAGGAGCUGCGGCUGAUCCAUGCUGACAUUAAUGUGAUGGAGAAUACUAUCAAGCAGUCUGAGAACGACCUCAACAAGCUCCUGGAAUCUACUCGUCGCCUGCAUGAGGAGUACAAACCCCUGAAGGAGCACGUAGAUGCUCUGCGGAUGACUCUGGGAUUGCAGAGGCUGCCAGAUCUAUGUGAGGAGGAAGAGAAACUGUCCCUUGACUACUUUGAAAAGCAGAAGGCGGAAUGGCAGACAGAACCACAGGAGCCUCCCAUCCCAGAGUCUCUGGCUGCAGCUGCAGCGGCUGCCCAGCAGCUGCAAGUGGCCAGGAAACAAGAUACCAGACAGACAGCAACUUUCAGACAACAGCCCCCUCCAAUGAAGGCGUGUUUAUCGUGUCACCAACAAAUUCAUCGGAACGCACCCAUCUGCCCACUCUGCAAAGCAAAGAGCCGCUCCCGGAAUCCCAAAAAGCCCAAGAGGAAACAGGAUGAAUGA